AUGGCGGCAGGAGUGGCUGCAUGGCUUCCCUUCGCCCGGGCAGCAGCUAUUGGCUGGAUGCCUGUGGCCAACUGCCCCAUGCCUAUCGCUCCUAGAGACCAAACAAAGAGACAUGAUGAGCUGAUCAUCCUGAAUGUGAGUGGACGACGCUUCCAGACCUGGAGGACCACACUGGACCGCUACCCAGACACCCUGCUGGGCAGCUCAGAGAAACAGUUUUUUUACGAUGAGGAGACCAAAGAGUAUUUUUUCGACCGGGACCCAGACUCCUUCCGUAGCAUUCUCAACUUCUAUCGGACGGGCAAGCUGCACUAUCCACGCUAUGAGUGCAUCUCAGCCUACGACGAAGAGCUAACCUUCUUUGGCAUCAUCCCGGAGAUCAUCGGUGACUGCUGCUAUGAAGAGUACAAAGAUCGGAAGCGGGAGAAUGCUGAACGUCUCCAGGACGACCAGGAUGACAACAAGGACUGCAAGCUGCCCAACAUGACAUACAGAGAGACCAUGUGGAGGGCCUUUGAGAACCCUCACACCUCCACCAUGGCCCUGGUGUUCUACUACGUCACCGGCUUCUUCAUUGCCAUCUCAGUCCUCACCAACGUGAUAGAGACUGUUCCGUGCGGUGCCACGCCUUCCCAGAAGGACAUGCCAUGUGGCGAGCGCUACACCGUAGCCUUCUUCUGCAUGGACACGGCCUGCGUCCUCAUCUUCACCAUAGAGUACCUCAUGAGACUGUUUGCCGCGCCCAGCCGCUAUCAAUUCAUGCGCAGCGUGAUGAGCAUCAUCGACGUGGUGGCCAUCUUUCCCUACUACAUCGGCCUGGUGAUGACAGACAACGAGGAUGUGAGCGGAGCCUUCGUCACGCUCCGUGUGUUCCGUGUGUUCCGCAUCUUCAAGUUCUCCCGCCACUCGCAGGGCCUCAGGAUCCUGGGGUACACGCUGAAGAGCUGCGCCUCCGAGCUGGGCUUCCUCCUCUUCUCCCUCACUAUGGCCAUCAUCAUCUUCGCCACCGUCAUGUUUUACGCAGAGAAGGGGUCGUCGUCGACCAAGUUCACCAGCAUCCCAGCCUCCUUCUGGUACACCAUUGUCACAAUGACCACGUUGGGUUACGGGGACAUGGUGCCCAAGACGAUCGCAGGGAAGAUCUUUGGUUCUAUCUGUUCUCUGAGCGGGGUGCUGGUAAUCGCCCUGCCUGUUCCCGUCAUCGUGUCCAACUUUAGCCGCAUCUAUCACCAGAACCAGAGAGCUGACAAACGGCGUGCUCAGAAGAGGCUAUCCCCGGCCCGCUAG